GCAGGAGCUGCUCUUCAGGAGCACGACCCCCCUGUUCAGCCGAGAGUGGGCAGCAGCUCGCUUCAGGUUCCACCCGCCACACUCGGAUCUGGCCUACGCUCUGCAGGCAGGAAAGGGAGGAACAAGAGCCAUCCUGGCAGCUGUACAAGCACACAUCAUCACAUACCUGCUCUUCACAAGAGACACAGAAUGUUCUCACCUGGAAAGGUAAGUGCUGGGCCUCACGGCACACAUAAAAAUUAUUUCCGCGCAGUGUUUGCUCAGUGCCAGCCUCUGAGCUCAGGCAGACCGGAUCCAGGUUCAGCUGUGCAGAUACAGGUGGGGAUAUGCACUGGGAGAGAAGCUUUGGCUGGCCCCCAGGCAAGGCUUCCUCCCACCAAAUCUCUGAUUUCGGGACACGUGUCCCCCAGUCCCAGCCCCUGCUGUCCCCUGGCACAGGCUGUGCCGGCUCGGGCGGCACCAGCAGGGGCAGGCACUGGCCACAGCCCUGGCAGAGACCCUGUGGGCAGCAGGAGGAGGUGGCAGAGCCGUGGUGUGCCUUGUCACUGCCCCUAUCACCAUGGUGCCACGCGAGGGCUGCAGAGCCAGCAGCUUCACAGACAGAACCCGGCUGUUCGAGUUCUCGGAGAAAGCUGCUGCUCAGGGCUUCAUCUCUGAUCACAUCAACUGUUUCAAAGGUGAAGGAAGCCAUGGAGUGAUCCUGUUUUUGUACAGUUUGCUUUUCUCUAGGACACUUGAAAGGGUCCAAGAGGAUUUGGGUGGCACAGCUCCUCUGCUGAGCAUCAGUUCUGGAAACAUCACCUGUACAGAGGCCGUGCUCAGCCUGAUGCUCACCGGACGGGCCAGCCCCAGGGAGCUCGGCGGGGACCGGGAGCCGGGAACCGAUCCUAUCUGA